AUGAACAUGUUCAAGGAACUGAAUGGUGCCAACGAGCUGGUUUGGAGGAAAUGCAGUGGAUGUCUGGAGCAGAUCUCGCCUUCAGAGCUGGUGAUGCGAGCUCCUGACAGAGUGUACCACCUGAGCUGCUUCUGCUGCUGCGUCUGUGAGCGACAGCUGUGUAAAGGAGACCAGUUUGUGCUGAAGGAUGAACAGUUGCUCUGCAAAAGCGACUAUGAAAGAGAGAUGCUCAACACCGUCACUCCAGUCAGCUCAGACUCAGUGAGUGAGGAUGAGGAGCUGGAUAUGAAGUCAGAUGUUAAAGACUCUGGAACAACAGAGAAAUCCAUCGAUGACAAAGACCCACGUCGACCUAAAAGGCCACGCACCAUCCUCAGCACUCAGCAGAGGAGGGCUUUCAAAGCCUCCUUUGAGGUCUCCUCCAAACCCUGCCGGAAGGUGAGAGAGACUCUGGCUGCAGAGACUGGUCUUACUGUUCGUGUGGUUCAAGUCUGGUUUCAGAACCAGAGAGCCAAGAUGAAGAAGUUGGCGCGCAGACAACAGCAACAGCAGGAGCAGCACAACACUCAAAGGAUUGACGUGGAAGUGAUGUCUGGCUGCAUGGAAGGUCUGCUCACGUCGUACUCCAGAGGCACACAUGUCCUCAGCCUGGAUCACCGCAGCUACAGCACAGAGUACCAGCAGGGACUGACCCCUCCUCAAAUGCCCGGAGACCACAUGCACCCUUACGGCUGGGACUCCAUGUUCCACGACAUGGACAGUGACACGUCUCUGACCAGUUUGAGCGACUGCUUGAUGACCACUCCAGACUUAGCUCAGGCCGGAAACCCCAUCGACCACCUCUACUCAAUGCAGAGCUCGUAUUUUGCUUCCUGA